AUGACUACCGUGGCCCGCGUCUUCCAAGAAGCCUGCCGCUCCCGGAGACACGACCAAGUGCACUACGCAUGCAACUGCCUUCCUAGACUGACUAGGCCGCGCGAGCUCACCGCCACAUUGAAACGAAGACCAUCCCCAUCGACCUCGGACCACCAGAUCUCGUGCCGAAGCCAGUCUCUCGGGCGGCGGAUCAAGUCCAGAUCUGCAAGCACGAGCUCCGGGCCGAGUCGUCGCGCCGUCACAGUCACCAGUGACGAUGGCCGGUACAACUGGAGCGAGUUGAGUGCCGGCGAGAAAGCGGCCAGAGGAACCCAGCAAACGUUCAAUUUCCUGCUCGUCUCGCUCGGCUUGGUGGGGACGAUCACCGUGGCGUACUUCUUGUACCAGGAACUCCUCGCCCCCUCCUCAUCCACGGUCCAGUUCAACGCCGCAGUCAGUCGGAUUAAAUCCUCCCCUGAAUGCCGCGCCCUGCUUGGCCCCUCCUCACAGAUACUCGCCUACGGUGAGCCGACCUCGAGUAAGUGGGCUCGCGCCCGUCCCCUUGCGCACUCGACAGAAGUCGACAGAAAUGGGACCGCGCACCUCAGGAUGCAUUUCAACGUGGAGGGCAAAGACAGUGGAGUCAGAGGAGUGGUCACUGUGCACAUGACAAAAUCAAGGGAUAGAGACAGGUUGGAAUAUCAACUUCUGAGUUUAUCAGUAAAAGGCCACGAGACUGUGUAUUUGGAGAACAAAGCCGCCGAGAGGGGCAUCAAAGGGCAGGCUGCCAGGAUGUUCGGCGUCCAGUGGCGGUAG